GUUUGGGUGUUUUUCUCCUAAUUUUUAUUAGAGGUUCAGUUCAUAAAUGCUAGUUAUUUAUUAUUUUAUUAUUAUUAUUGUUAAUCAAUUAUUUCAUUGUCUUUCAAUUCUUUUGUUGAGUGGGAAGGGGGAGGAUCCUGGGUUUGGAACAUUGAACGUGGGGGUGUCUCCCUCUUUAAGGCAGUGGGCAAACCAACUGCUCCAGGCGUGGUGGUUUUUUGUGGCCAAAAGGCAUGGAGUUCUUAAAAUACCACAUCUCAUACUUUCUAAUUAUAAUAGCCCGGCAAGGAAGUUAUUGCUGAACUGGCAGCAGGUGUUGCUUGAGAUAUACUUUGCUGAUGUUACUGGUGAAGCAUACAAAGACACUCACAUAUUUGAAGUGUGCCUCUGGAUUUAGAUUUGAUCCCAUCCACGGUAUAAAACACUUUUUGACUUAUUAAGGGUGGAUUUCCUUUAGGCAAACUGCAGUUUGCUGGAGUGGUUGAUGGAAAGAACAUUUGAGCUGAUGAUCUUGCUCCUUCUCUCUGUGUCCUGCAGACUCUUGAGGACAUCCUUGCAAAGGUGUUUAGCCAUUACACAUUUCUUUCUAAUUGAAAUAUUAGUUUAAUUCGUUACGAGUUAUGUAAUGUGUUUGUUUUUGUUCUAUUAUGGACAAGGUUGUGGUCUCUAUAUCAUGCACACUGCUCCACACCAUAAUUGACAUGGUCAAUGAAACUAAGUUGGACAAAGAAGAGUUCAAGUCUUGGCUUGCAUUCAUUGCACAAAAAUUGCUCAAAGCCAAAGCAUUGGUUGGCCUGGUACAUUUUUUCUGAUGCUUUCUGAAAUUUCUUAACCUUUGUGUUACCUUGUCCUCAAUGAUAAAACUAUCAAUCACCUUUGCUCUAAUGAUAAAAGUAAAUGCAUUGUUCAUGU